AGCAGCGAUGGCGGAGCCCGUAGCAUCGGAUGCGGCAGCAGCGGCAGCAUCCCCGAGCCCAGGCCUCUCUCCCGCAGCCAGCCCGGGCUCAGAGCCUCCAUCUAUGGCUCUCUCUCCCACGGCGGACGGGUCCCAACGGCUGCUCUUCUCCCACGACCUGGUCUCCGGGCGGUAUCGCGGCUCAGUCCGGUUUGGCCUCGUACGGAUGAUCCACGGCGAGGAGGAUUUUAACUCAGAUUCGGACCUCGACGAUGGCGGAGGGAGACGCGGCGGUGGCGGCGGUGGAGGUGGAGGAGGCGGAGGAGGAGGACGAGCCCCGUGUGGUUCGGACACUGAGAGCGCCGUGGACACCCCGAGUCGGCCUCUCGGUAGGGGAUUUGUCCGCGUCCAGUGGUACCCUGAAGGAGGAAAGCAGGACAUCAGGGAGACAAAGCUGAAACUUGAAGAUCGAUCCAUUGUCAUCAGAGACAUUGUGCGACGGAACAAUUCGAACGACAACCAGUGUGGUAUUGUGACCAACAUUGACAUCGAGUGUGCAGUAAAACUAGUGGGAACAAACUGUGUUCUGUAUCCAGUUAACAGCAAAGACCUGCAGCACAUCUGGUCUUUUAUGUACGGAGACUACAUUGCCUAUGACUUCUGGCUGGGGAAAGUGUACGACCUGACUAAUCACAUCAUCCUCAAGCUCUCCAAUGGAGCCAGGUGCUCAAUGAGUGUGGAGGACGGUGCCAAGCUUUACGACGUCUGUCCACAUGUCAGUGAUUCGGGGCUGUUCUUCGACGAGGCUUAUGGCUUUUACCCGGGCCAGGUCCUGAUUGGUCCUGCCAAAGUCUUCUCUAAUGUACAGUGGCUGUCAGGAGUCAAACCUGUCCUCAGCAGGAAGUGCAAGUUCAGGGUGGUGGUAGAAGAGGUGAAGGUGGUUGAACUGAAGGUGACGUGGAUCACCAAGAGCUACUCCCCAAAAGGCUCCGACAGCGUCUAUCCACCUCCUUCCACCAUUGGACAGGACGAUCUCUGCAGGGUGAGACGUCUGGGCUACUACGACCACACUCAGAGGCAGCUGGGAGAGAGAGCCCUCUACGUCUUUCCUGCUAAGGGGGACGCCACGCGCAUCACCUGUGAAGGACCUGAGGGUGCACCUGUACUGCCAGAAGACCCUGUGGCCAGAAAGUUGAAAAGGAUGUUCAAGAAGGAUUCGGGGAAGAAGACGGAGAACACCGACACACAAGGUGAUCACAAAUCAGAGCAGACAGACUCGUCUCACUCCAACAACAACGGCCCCGUGGCGCCCAUCCAGAACCCCCAGGACUCCCAGAACACCAACGACACCUCGGCCGAACACGGGGAGCAGGACGCUGACGAUGAGGCUGCAGAAGACACUGACGACACCAGCUCUCUGACGUCAUCGGCGAGCUCCACAGCCUCCUCUCAGAGCGGCGGUCUGGGAACAAACCGGAAGAAGAGCAUCCCACUCUCCAUCCGCAACCUGAAGAGGAAGCACAAGAAGAAGAGGACCAAGUUCUCCCGCGAGUUCAAGCCUGGAGACCGGGUGGCAGUGGAAGUUGUAUCCACAAAGACCACGGCUGACGUGAUGUGGAAGGACGGGCGGGUGGACAAGGGAAUCCGAUCAAACGACCUCAUCCCCAUCCAGCACCUCGACAGCCACGAGUUUUGUCCCGGGGACUUUGUAGUAGACAAACGACCCCAAGCCCUCCAGGACCCAGGAGUGUAUGGUGUGAUCCAGUCUGGUGAUCACAAGGGCAGAACAUGUGUCGUCAAGUGGAUCAAACUAAACUCCACGAGUGACGACGUGGAGGUUAUCGGUUUGGAGGAGGAUGUCAGUGUGUACGACAUCGCAGAUCACCCAGAUUUCCACUUCCGCACCACAGACAUCGUCAUCAGAAUAUGGAACUCUGAGAACGGACAGAACGACUGCGAAAAUGAGACGUCAGUAGGCCAGGUGUCCAGGGUGGAUGUGAGCAGCAAAGUGGAGGUGGUGUGGGCGGACAAUUCUAUGACUAUCGUCCUGCCCCAGCACCUCUACAACGUGGAGUCUGAGAUUGAGGAGACGGACUACGACUCCGUGGAGGAGACCAGCAGCGUGCUGUCCACUGAGGAGUGGGAGGACGAGAGCGACAGCUGGGAGACGGAUAACGGCCUCACCACCGAGGACGACAGCCACGUCAACAAUGCGGAUGUCACCGACACGGCGACCCCAACCCCCACGCCCACAGGCUCCGCGACCUUCAUCAUCCCCCCACAGGAGGGCAGCAAAGCUGGGGUCACCAGCCCCACUAAAGGAGUCCCUGGAGAGGAGGGAGAAGCAUCUGUGGCUGUGGCGAGUCCUGUCACUGGAGGAGGAACCACUCCUGGAGGUGCAGUCAAUGGAGCGGAGAAGCCCUGUAAAGACGGUGCCUCCCGGGGCUUUAGGGAGUUGAAAGAGGCCUUGAAGAUCCUGGAGAGCCUGAAGAACAUGACCGUGGAGCAGCUGUGGACUGGCGGCUCUCCGACCUCUCCGACCUCCGCCGAACCAGCCUCCACCGCUAACGUAGCGAGCUCAGUGACGCCCACAGCCCCUGAGAAACCCACCAAGGAGAAACGCUUCCUAGAUGACAUCAAGAAGCUGCAGGAGAACCUGAGAAAGACGCUGGAUAACGUGGCCAUCGUGGAGGAGGAGAAGAUGGAGGCUGUGGUGGAGGCAGGGGGGAGUGCAGGAGCAGGGACAGAGGUGGAGAGAGCUGGAGAGGAAAAGCCCCAGCAGGAGCCCCAGACUCCAGUCGGUGGACAAGAGUGGCCCAGCGAGUUUCUCAGCGACACACCGGUACUGUGCCAGCAGAGUGGCGGCAAGCCUGGCGUCACUUUCACCAGUGCCAAGGGAGAGGUGUUCUCUGUGCUGGAGUGGGCACCAGACACUCACUCAUUCAAGAAAAUGGAGUUUCAGCCAGCAGAGGCAAAGAAGUUCUUCAGCACAGUGAGGAAGGAAAUGGCUCUGCUAGCAACGUCACUGCCAGACGGCAUCAUGGUCAAAACAUUUGAAGAUCGCAUGGACCUGCUCUCAGCUCUGAUCAAAGGGCCGACUCGCACGCCCUACGAGGACGGUCUGUUCCUGUUUGACAUCCAGCUGCCCAACAUCUACCCAGCUGUGCCGCCGCUGUUCCGCUACCUGUCGCAGUGCAGCGGCCGCCUCAAUCCCAACCUCUACGACAACGGCAAAGUCUGCGUCAGUCUGCUGGGCACCUGGAUUGGCAAGGGCACUGAGAGGUGGACCAGCAAGUCCAGUCUGCUGCAAGUCCUCAUCUCCAUACAAGGCCUUAUCCUUGUCAAUGAGCCUUACUAUAACGAGGCAGGUUUCGACAGUGACCGAGGCCUUCAGGAAGGAUACGAGAACAGCCGCUGUUACAAUGAGAUGGCCCUGAUCAAAAUGGUCCAGUCUAUGACGCAGCUUCUCCAGAACCCCGUGGAGGUCUUCAAACAGGAGAUCCAGGAGCACUUUGUCUCUAAUGGCUGGCGGCUUGUGCACCGCCUGGAGGCGUGGCUCGAGCUGAACGACGCUGCAGAGAGGGGCCAGACAGCGCACAUGUCCUGCAGGGCUUCACACUCGAAAGACCGACCUUCAUCAGUGGAGCCUCUGGACGAGCAGCUGCCUUUGGGAGCGGGCCCCGUGGCGGUAGCCCACAGCAGCCCCAGCAAGCCUGGGGAGGAGGGGGUCACAGGAGCAGGAGUUACCAGUAUUAUGGAGGAGGAGCUGGAGGAUUCAGGGCUUAGUCCCUCUACUACAGCGGCCUCUCAGCAGGAGCUGAGCCAGAACUCAGACUUUGACAGCAGCCAGGGCAACACCUCUCUGGGUGACAGGGCUGGAUCCACAAUCCCUGGCUCUGUGGUCCGCGGCAGCACUUCAGAAUCAGGUUCUGCCACGGUAGGCGGAGGAGGGCCGGGCUCCACAGGAAGCCAGCCAGCGGUGCGACCAAAGAAACGGAGAAAGAGCUACAGGAGUUUCCUCCCGGAGGGCAGCGGCUACCCAGACAUCGGCUUUCCGCUCUUCCCGCUCUCUAAGGGGUUUGUGAAGAGCGUCCGAGGUGUGCUGCUGCAGUACCGAGCCGCGCUGGCCGCCGCUAGCAUCCCUGAGCACACAGAGGACAAUGACCCUGCUGAUGAGUGUGAUGGAUAAAGAGUGGGUGGAGCUCACACACGCUCACCCAGUUACACAAACCUACGGGAGCUCCCUCCGUCACAUAGAAACCCUCAUCUUCACACGGACGCAGGUAAAAACACGGAGCUUUUACCAGAGGCAGUCAAAGUUUUCUUCUUGGCCUCAGCAGGGCUUUGACUUCAGUGGCAGUGGUGUGGAUGCAGAAACGGACUGAAUGAGAUGAAAAAUCAGUGCCAUGAACCCUCUUCCACCCCCCCACCCCACUUCGCCUCCAGCAAACUUCCACCACAUGGGUGGGGACUUGCUGGAUAACCACUCUGCCAUCUCAAUCAGCCUGAAAAAUGUUAAGCAGACUGGUGAUUGGCUGGAUUCCACUGAAAAAGUGCAAAUCCCAGCUCUCCUGGCUGCUGGGCUAACUGCGGCUGUCUGUAGCACUACUGAUAUUAUCGCUGUAACAUCCUGCACUACAACAAACGAAUGGACAAUCUGGUCCAGGAGAGGUGACGUAUAAAUACACUGACCAGGAGGAUUCUUUUUUUAAGUAGAAGUCACUGGUUGUACGCUUUCUGCCAAAAUUUCUCUCUAUUCACAAACACACAACGCACAUAAACGCACACAUAAAUAUUCAAGUAGAACUUACUGAAUGUCAGUAAAACUGCCAACCACGACAGCUUCACCACUUCGUCUACUAUACUCGCUGGUAUUUUCCUUCGCCAAUCACUCGCACUGAACCAUGCAGCGAACAUCGAGUGACAAAGUUUACAUACCAAUCACCUCUGGAGGGUCAGACUGCUGUAGCCGUUUGGUAGAGAAGCCAGCCAGGCACAGGAUGACAGAUUUAGGUGGCUGUAUGUGAAGGAGUUUGCGCUCUAGUCGAAGCUUAACACAGCUGCCGCCUCUACAUACAAAAGUUCCAUUCACUUUCUGUAGAAUUUAGAAAAGGCCAUCACUAAAAUGGAACUUGUGCUUCGGUGUUUCAGUGUGUUUAAGGUGUGUUACGCUCACAGAGGCUGAACUGUGUUUAAAAGUGGAGCUUUUACCCACAAUGCUCCGCUUUUCUGUGACGGAGGUGAACCCACAUCACUGCAAAUGACACAAUUUAAAGAAUAAAUGGAGAAAAAAAGCAUACAGCAUCCAUUCCGUCAUCUCAUGUCAACAUGUUGCCUUACUUGAAUUGUUCUUAAUGAUCUCAGACCAUUGUGUACAGAGCUGCUUGUGUCAUGCUUUAGACAUUAACCAACACAGAUCUAGACACACACAAAAAACCACUAAAAACCGUGUUACAGUGUUUUCCUCCUUUAAAAGUGCAGAUCUCUGAUCAGCUUUUAUCAGUUCUUAAACAUGAGUCUGUCACACUGCGGCCAUCGCUGUAUUCUGAUUUUCCUCUCCAAAUUGCACGUGCAGAGUUUAACAACAUCAGAAUACAAGCCACAGUAAGUGUGAUGCUUAAGGUUUAUUGAUAUUAUGAUUAAUCUGCUUGAUUAUUAUUUUCUGUUACUCCAUGUUUUCCUGACGUCUUAUCCCACGAAGGCAACUGCUGCCCCCACAGACGAGAGAAUAUUACGCAAAUUACAGCACGCAGGCAAAACUUUAGCUCAUCCAACUGUUGUCUGCGAACUUCUUUCCUCUCUCUAUAUUGCAUACUUUAGAUCUGGAUGGAAAAAAACAAGGGUUUUAUUGCUUAGCCACAGAUUGUGCUGUAAUUUACUGUGAAACAAAGCAAAACUCACCUUUGGGUCCAAUCGUGCUUCCUGGGGAAAUCAGAACAGUCUUUGUUUACAUCUAUUUAAAUAAUCCCACCUCUAACAUCAUGUUCUUUUGUUUUUUUUCUUUCAACAUAUUAAAAUUCUUAUUGUUAUUAUCAUUAUUAUUAUUAUUAAUAUUAUAAUACAGGUCAGACAAAACCCCUUGUGCUUGCUAUAAUCUGUGAAAUAAACAAGAGAGCCUUGGCUGUCUGGUAUUUUACUUGAACAAAGAACCUUGAUGCUGAAGAGUGUUUCUGAAUGAGAGGGCACACUGUGCCGUUGUGAAACUAUGAGUGAUGGGAGAGGAUAAAAACCAUGAGCCAAGACUUGCUGCGUUUUAAAACAAAAAAAAAGAAAAAAACAUUUGAUGAAAAAAAGAGGUAAUUAAUGAGGGUAAUUAUGUUUUGCUUUGUCUUCCAUUUUUUUCUCCUUUCUACUCUUAAAACUGGUAUUCCUGUAUCAGAUGUGGCAAUCAGGCAUUCAUGACAGUUUGUUCUCUUCCUCAAUGUUACUUCACCAUCGUCAUUGUUUCGCUGCCUUUAAUGCUACAGAGGGAGGAUGUGUUGUCCUCUCCACUGGCUGCUGUAGCUGUAGCAUGUAGCCUUGUUUGCUUUACUUUCUCUUUUUUCUCCCCUGCACACAUGCUGCUGUUUGUAAAAUGUCGCCUUCACAGUUCUUAGAGGAGGAGUGUGUUUUCAGUGGCCGGUGAUCAGCCUGAACGUGUAAAAACUCAAAGCCGUGUUUACGGUGUUUUUGAAAAAAAUGCACAGCUCCGCCGAGAAUUCAGAGGCGACAUUAUUGCUCAAUCCUUCGCCCUCUUUGUCAUUUGUCAACAGUCGCAGAAACAGAAAAUGUGAAGUUAUCUCGCUAGAUCUCAAAGCAAAAAUCCAGCAGGAUAUCAAGCACAUGAUGCUAUGUACAAUUUUCUGUGUAUGUGUGUAUAUUAUUCAGAUUUAAACCAUUAUUAUUAUUAUUAUCAUUAUUAUUACUGCGAGAAGUUUGUUUUACAGCCAAAGCAUGUAACAUGUUGCUUUAAGCCUUUUGAAUGGGCUACACACAAGACUUGACUGUACGAUGUCUACAUUUCCACAGUGGCCUGUUAUUGAUAUAUUUAAAAAAUGACUAAUAAAGUUAUGAUUUGUAGCCUGAUUCCCUCUGUACAGAUGUCAUGACUAUAUUGAAAUAUAUAAAUACAUACAGUAUAUAUUUAACACAAACUUGAGUUCUAACAAGUCACGUGGAUGCUUGGGGCAUAUCUGUACAAAAUGCUGAGUGUGUAUUGUACUUAUGAUUUUUCAUUUUUUAAUGGUUUCAUUUUGUUGAGUUCAGACAACUGUAUAGUGAUGUAUUAAAGUUUGCAAGCAGUACCAUAGAAA